GGGGAUGAUCUUAUUUCCCGUUUCAACAUAUCAUUCUAUCUCAGCGGCCAAUGCAAAUAUGAACACGAACGCUUCCAGGGCCGCGCUACUCACCACCGUUCCUCUACCGUCAAUCCUAGUGGCUAAUCAUGCAGGAUUGCUUGAACCUGUUCUUGACCUUGGGCUGAGGACUGCCGACUGGUACUCUUUGUGCAGGCCAAAAGAGCCAUUGCUAGCCGGGAUUUCGAAUUAGAGCGGCAGCCGUUCUUGGAACCCUCAAACUCCAGGCUGUCACUCGGUUGAAUGGAGCGAUAAGUGGCCGAAGCUAUGGCUAGUUGCAGGCAGGCAGCUUCCCCGACACGAUUUGCUGAGGAUCACCAUAGAUAGCAGCGUACUAUAGCAACGUACAAGAUCUCGAUGCAUAUUCCAGAUUGAAUUUUGAAGCCAUUUUGCAUGCGUCCGUCUUACUACACGGAGAUUUAGAUUCUUUUCUUUAUUAAAGGUGAACAAACCAUUCCGCCGAUGGCGAGCCAGACUGCUUUGCAAUCUGGUGAAUAAAUUGAACCAUCCCCGACUUCCAGUUAAGAACGCGUUCCCGUCCCAGGUCCGGGGUACAUGAGCCUCAAGGAUCUCAAAGCCUGAUAUCGACCCCGAAAACCCCAACUUGACGCACUUCUGUGGUCAGUUACAGUUACAUCAGCUGCCGCCCAGAUAUCCGGGGUGUAUGGCAUGAAACCCAACAAGCAUUAAGUAGCACCUCCAGGAAUUUCAUACGUCUAUACCAUACCAUAUGGCUAUACCAAAUAAUUUCUUCAUGUUGAUGCGAAGAUCUGGGGAUCACCGCAGGAAACAAUUUACAAUCCACAUUUAAGCACUGAAGAACCCAAUGUCAUGAGUCCACCUAACCUUCCCAGAUGAAUCCCACAAAUAAGACUAUAUUUCGAUAUCUGAAGGCGCUACCCGUUGGGUAGAUGCGUCGUGAUAUCAGUGACAUUACCAAUAAGGCCUUCGCUGGUUCUUCAUUCAUGAAUAGCAUGGAAUCAUCGUGGCGCAUUAUUCGCUGUGUUGGUUAUCAUUCGUGGAAGCCAUGCCGCCACAUCUCUGGAUGGGCGAGUUUGAUGAAGUCGCCCAGCUUCUGCAUCACCAAAGCGAUGCUUGGUGGUGAAACCUUAAAAGAAAGAGUCACCGCUGUGGGUAGCGAUGGUAGCGUCUCUCAGUUAUUCGAUUGUUUCCUAGAGAAAUGAGAUACAUGACGAAGUCAGAAUUAAAAUGGAAAGCAACCAAUUAUUCAGCUUUCGUUGUUUUCUUAUACUCUCUAAGUUUGGAGGCCGUGUUUCCGCGCAAAAUGCGACAUCCCCUGAGUUUACGCGCCAAGCGAAAUUCUUGGGCUGACGGGCUGAAACCUCUAACGUUGCAACACCACUCACAAAACGCAAAUGAUCUCCCAGAACGGAUCAAGGAUCAAACCUAAUUGAGAAAGAGCACAAACCAUACAAUUCUCGCGACAGGCAGGCCUUGUUGACUGGGGGUGAGAGUUUUGAUCAAACCAAGCUCCGACAGGGUGGAACGUACACCCUCCUUGGCUGUUGCAUAUACACCCAAAGCCACGCGCUUAGUUGCAAUCUUUGGUGAAAAAUGACAAUGCCAUGCCUGCACAUCUCGCGACGCCAUGAGUAAAAGAUUUCUUGAACUAGGGACUAACAAAUCCUUCAAUUGCUAGGGCUGACAUGCAUCAGGAAGGUGAGGCGAUGCCGCUCUGCUGAGAUAUGCUCAAGAGGGCUGGAGCAAUCUCUUUAAAACGACGUCCAACUUCCUGCGUCCCUUUAACUUGUUUCCAUUUCCAUUUUCAUUUCUUUUUUCAAAUUUUAUUGUUGUGCCUUGUUCAAAGAAAACACAUAAUCUCGCAUCUGCACCUGGUUUAUUACAUCCGUUCGUUGUCCAUACUUCGUUCUCUUUAUCUACUGCACAUUUUAAUAUCACGGAUUACACCAAGAAGCAACGCCAAAAGGGAGAAAAAAAAAGCAGCCAUCAUGAAGUCUCUAAUCAACACAAUUGCAUUCGUCGCUGCCGCCUCUGCAGCGACAAUCGACGUCAAGGUUGGCGAUGAAGGUCUUACCUUUAGCCCUAACACCAUCAGAGCUCAAGCAGGAGACGAUGUCGUUUUCCACUUCUUCCCCAGAAACCACGACGUCGCGGCAGGGCCAUUCGAUGAGCCCUGCACCCCAUCAGACGACGGUCUCUACUCCGGCCUCAUCAACAUCGACGGCAGCCAGCCUGAUGCUACCUUCACCGUGAGAAUCAACAACACGGAUCCCAUUUGGCUCUACUGCUCGACCCGCGGCCAUUGCCAGGGUGGCAUGAGUGCUGUCAUUAACCCUCCGGCUAGAGGAAAGACCCUCGAAGCCUAUCAAACCGCUUCCAAGAACGCUCGAAGCGUCCGACCGGAGGAAGUCCGGGGCGGUAUCUUCAGGGAGAACGGGGGCGCAAAUCAAUCAAGCUCCGCCUCAGGGACACCUUCCAGUAGCCCCACUGGCACCGCCACUGGAACCGCCACUGGAACCGGCACCGCCACUAGCACUGGCGCUGGUGGUGCUACGACUAGCCCUACCUCAACUCCUGAUGCCGCAUCUUCCCUUUUCAGCGAAGGGACCAUGGUGUUCAACAUAUUCGCAGCGGUCGUCGCGGGUGGGGUGGGCUUUGUGGGUCUUCUGUAAAUGAAGAUCCUCGAAGCAGGUGGUGGGGGGUCGUUGGGCAGUUGAAUCUCCAUCAUUAUAAUCUUACCAUCUUGUUCUUUGCAACUUAGAGUUUUACUUGUAUGUUCACUUCCCAUUGUAUUGGGGAGGGAGUGGCUACAUCAUCUUGAUCUAGGUUGGCGAUGGAGUGUGGAGAAGGGGUUCGGGGAGAGCGAGGGCGGGGCCCUUUGCAUGCGCAUAAUUAUUUACUUGUUAUGACUCUGAUACUUUGAUCUUGCUACUUGUUUAUUAAUUUUAUUUUCCCUGUUGUAGAUACUCCUGGCUAUUUGAUGAGUUAGUUAUACAGGCUGGCUAGCUUAAUUUCUGCUGAUCGUUCUGAGUUCCUACGUAUGAGUUGUACAGGACACAAAGAAAAGGAAAUAUUACCAUGCACGUAUGAGAUAUAUGAUAUUACCUGCUUUUUCAUGGUGUUGCGAACUUGGGUCUAGCCCCCUGAUGUUGUGUACCGCCCCUUGCAACAUCAAGUUUCUCGCAGUUUUAAUAUUCCAAAGUCGGCAAGAUUGAAGAGGAGUCUUCAUCAUAAAAACAACCCAGCCCUCGGAAUAUUCCCCUUCUUUGUCUCUCGAUUGCCAGUUGGUAUAUUCUUGAAUUAUAGUUUCAAAAUUAAUUUUGUUUGCUUGAGUCGCGUUGGGGUAUCAGUACAUCAGAUGGGGAGGGGUACUUUCCUUGUUGGAAACCCACUGUUACGCCAAAAAUAUUAAAAUUAAUAAGGUAAUAAAUAGGCUUAGAUCCUAAUUAAUGGUUGUUUUCGAAGUCUUGAUAAAUGGUAAGGCAGAACGAUCUUUGAGUCAGUAGAGCGGCAGCCGCUGCAGGAGUAGAUUACUAGCUCUGACGGUUGUCAUAAGAGUACACAUUUGGCUAUUUUACCUAAUUAGUUACCACGAAUAAGUUAAUAACUCCUAAAUAAAAUAAGCAAACGAACCUAAAGCAAAUUAGGUAUAUACCCUCC